AUGAAAAUGGGUAAUGCAAGAGUAUGUAUAUGGGAAUUACUCUGGGAGAAUGAUGAUGAUGAGGAAGCCUCUGCAUGCUUUGGAAAUCAAAACCAAGGUAACCUUGUAGCUGGAGUAAGUGAUGAUUUAUGGGACAGUGGAGCAGCAUGCGGGAAAUCAUUCGAGGUCGCAUGCACCGGUGCUACAAACCAGGGUGACCCACAACCAUGCUUAGGUGAGGCCGUCACAGUUAUGAUUGUCGAUCAUAAUCCAGGUGCUGCAGCAAUUAUUAAUCUCUCUGCAGAUGCUUUUGCCAAAAUAGCUAAUCUUGAUGCAGGAUCAGUCUAUGUUACUGUUAAUACUAUUUAA